AUGUCAAAAUACAAGAAAUACAGCAGUGAAUCGAGUUCUUCCGAUGACGAAGAUGAAUACUACAAGAAGAGUGGAGAAGUGAGCUCCGACAACAGCAAAGAGCCAUCAAAAAUUUCCACUGUUGGUGCACAUCAAUUUGGAUGUGAAAAAACAUCGGAUACCGUUUUGAAAAUCACACAAAUGGCAGAUGAACCUUUCAAACUGUAUUGUCACAAAACAUGUCUCGGGGCAAAUUCUCCAUAUCUAAAAUCUAAAAUUGAAGAGCUUCCCAUCAAUGAUCAACAUGAAACCACCGUAGAUAAGCCAAUCUUAAUUUUAAAUGAUUUAGACAGAUAUGACAAAAGAGUAAUAACAAUGGUCGUCAAGCAUCUGCAUGACAGCAAUACCAUCGAAUUUGAUCAGCCGAUCCUAUGCUUGGAGGACGUUAUUACAAUUGUUAAAAUUGCGAUACUCUUUGGUAUGGAACAAUUGGCUUCUCGUGCAAAAACAGCCUUGCUUGAAGAAGUUGGAUCACAUAACUUUUUCCAGUUGUACAUUUUAGCCAAAUCAUAUGCUCUGGAUCAAAUACUUGACGAGUUAAAACGUUGGAUGACGAGUAGUCGUCCCACCCCCAAUUUUCACACAAGUUCACACUUGAUGAGAAUGAGUGAAUUCAUGCUCAUGGAUUUUAUUACUGAAAUGAGUACUGUGAAUGGAAGUGUGGCAUAUGUUUUCAUGUCUGUUCUUGCUUGGUGCAGAGUUAAUGUUCUUGAUGUUAAAAAGUUGAGGAAAGUUUUGUCCACAUUAUGUGAAAAUACGAAUGAUGCAGAAGUAAGGAACACUGUCUUUGCUUUUGUGUUUCCAGUAUGGAAAAAGUUUUUGAAGGAUGACGUAUCACUCUCCGACGAAGCGUUUCUGUGCAUGUAUCAUUCUCUAUUGAGUAAUUCCUUCGAUCAUUGA